UAUUUGCUUUUCUUGGAAAGUCUUUAUGCCAAACUCAUAAUGCAAGCAAGGAAGCAAGAAGCAUGAUUUGGAACUGUAGUCUGAAGAAAAUCUUGAUGGAGCCAAAUUGACUCAUCAGACGCAUUAUGGAGCCAAAUGCAGGCCAUGAUGACUUCUUUGAACGCAUCAACUUAGAAGGAAAGAACACCGGGGCAGCAUUUUUCAUACGGCCGGGCUCUGGAGCUGAAACGCACUCCGGUGAUUGUUGCUGCAUCAACAUCUACAUAAACAGCAAUGUUCAGGGAGCUAACAAUUCGUUUCUGGAUGGGAGUUGUGUGAAAAUGAAGGAUCCAGGAGUUCACUUGUUCUUUGGAGACGUGAAGUUGGGUAAGUCUUUAAGAAGAAACAAGAUGAAGAGAAGGAGAAGGAGAAAGAAAGAGGAAAGCCCAUCUGCUUCGAAGCAGCAGCUAGGGUCUUGUCCCAUGUUUUUGUAUGUAUUUUUCCCAUUCAUCUUGUUCCUUUCAUUUUAUGUCCAUGAAAUUGGGAUUUGUAUGCUAACUUUUUUGUGAAGUGGAACUUAUCCAAACAUCAACUUAGCCAAUAACGCUAAGUAAAAAAGCUAUUCUCGUUGCAACCAAGUUUUUUCUGAGUUAAUAGAGAUUAGUCUAUCCAAAAAGGAAGACGAGGUUUUUGUUACAUAUGUAUACGAAACUUCUGUUACAUGGGUUACCUAUCCAUGU